AUGUGGCUGGGGUAGAAAAUUAAAAAUGCUGCGGGAACAGUAAAAAAUGUCACUUCGAAUCUCUUGUAAGAAAAGCAAACAGAUUCUGAUAAGAAAUAGGAAGAGACAUAAACUUAAACCUAAAAAUAAUAGGAUGUAAAUCUUUUAGAAAUGGAUGAUCAAAUUACAUAAGAAAUGACUAUCGCAGAGUUGAUUUAAAAAUUCUAAUAGAAUGAUUGCGUAUGUUUGCAAUAACAAUUCGAGUCAUGGAAGAAUUAGGAAAAUUAAUAUUAAUUAUUGAAAAGCAAAAUCUUGGGAAUCAGAGCCGACUUCAAUCAAUAAUUGGAGCAAUACUCAUAGGAUUUGUGGGACGGUGCAUAAAUUGUGGAGAGAUAAAAAAUUGAAUUCAUCUUAAAAGUAUUAGAUUAAUUACAAAUUUCAAAUGAGUUUCAUUAGAUCAUCACUUGGAAUUAGUUUAAUGAGAAAUUAAACAAACUGUCGGCUGACAUCAAAUAGCUAAGUCAAAUCAAAUAUGCACCUUUGGUUAAAGAAAAUAAACAAUUGAAGGCCAAAUUAUCAUCAUAAAAUUAAGAUUAGAAAGUUCUAGAAUUGUAAAAAAUUAUAGAAUCCCUUAAGGAAGAGAAAGAAUAUUCAAAGAAACAAUUUCAAGCAGAUUAUAAUCAACUAGAAAUUCAAUUUUAAGAGCAAAUUUAAAGAUUAAAUCAAGAAAUGGUUUCCCAAAGAGAUUUUUUUACUUUAGAGAAGUAAUAAUUGAAUAGAGAUAUUGAUGAAUACAUCCAAUAGAUCAAUUCAAUGUAAAACAACAAAUAGAAAUAGUCUGCUUUAUUAAAUAUUGUAAAAUAAAUUAAAGAUUUAAAAACAAAUUAAAUUGAUAUUGAGGAUUUGAGAAACUAAUUCUAAAAUAUUUAAAGUUUACUAGAAACCCAACUAAUUAACUUUAUCCAAAACUAAAAAAAGUAAGACAAUCAAAAAAUUGAAUACUAAGAAUAUGAAGAUGAAUUAACAGAUGAAGACAUGAAGUCAGUAUAACAAUUAAUUAGAAUUUAUAAUAGAAAAUAAUCUGAAUCUGGAGAUAAAGAUAUCAUCUAAAAUAAAUAAGAAUUGUUACCUAGACUUUUAAAAUACAUCUAACAUUUACAAAACGAAUUAGAAGUGUUAAGAGAACAGCCAACCUGGUCUUAUUAAUAAAAUCAUAAUUCUAGUGAAUAAAAUUAAGAUGUAAUUACUUUGGAGUUGUAGUAAUAAUUGAACUAAAAAAGCAAUGAAUUAUACAAGGUCUAAGCUGAAUUGGCAGAAUCAAAAGCAUAGAUAGAAGCUUUAAAUAUACAAAUUGAAGAUUUGGCAAAUUAAAAUCUAGAAGAAUUAAAGUAGUAAAACAAUGAAUAAAAUUAAAUAAUAACAGAAUUUUAAGAGAAAAAUAAAAGUUUAUAAAACGAAAUUGAAAUUUUAUAAUUGAAAUUAUCAGAUUUAUCAAAUGAAAAAUAAGAUAUUGACUAGAUUAUUUCUGAAAAUUAAGAAUUAAAAUUCAAAAAUCAAUAAAUUUUAUCUCAAGUGGAAGAAUUCGAAAACAAAUUUAAUGAGUCAGAGAAGCUAUAAUCAGAUUAUGAAUAUCUCGAAUAAAUAUUCACAUAAUCUUAGAUAAAAAUAAAAGAAUUAUAAAAUUUAUUUGCAGAAUCCUAAGAAUUAUAGGAAGACCUCCAGGCAGAAACUAAAUUAUAAAUGUUUAAUAAAUCAACUUCUAUGAAUGAGUAAGAUGGAUUCAAAUAGAAUUUAGAUCAAUAAGAAUUGUAAUAAGAAGAAAUAGAAUAAGUUUAAAAUAAUGAUGAACUCCAAAAACCAGUUUAAGAAGAAUAAAAUGAAAUAAUCGAGUAGAAAGACAGUACUGAAGAUCAUGAAAAAUAAAUAGAAGUAGAUCUUACAAGUUCUAAUAUUACAAAUGAGACAGAGAUUAAGAAAGGGAAUAUAACUAAUAAAUCUGACGAAUUUAUAGAUCUGUCACAGAAAUAAAAGGAUGGAGAGAUUGAAAAUUUAUAACUUAAAUCAGAAACGGAUGAAUAAUAAAAUUUCUAAGAUUAAUAAGAGCAAUAGAACGAAAUUGAUCAUAAUAAAAUAAACAACUUACAGAAUACAUUAUUAAAUUCUACAAAUUAAGUGAUCGAAUAGAAAUUAGAAGAAAUCUAAUAAUUAUAGGAUUUAAUCUCAAAAAAUAAAUAAAGCGAGUAAGAACUUAGAGACAUACUUCAAGAAAAAGAGGCAAGAAAUUAAAACUUGGAAUUACAAUUGGAUGAUUUAAAAUCACAAUUGAGCCAAAAUCAAUUAAAAGAAGAAGAAUUAAGCAAAUAGAUUAAUUAGUUACUUUAAUAAAAUUAAGAUUAAGAACACAAUUUGAGUGAUUUCUAAAAUUCGAAAUCAUAAGAAAUAAAUGAAUUGAAUUUAUAAAUCUAGAAUUUGGUUGAAGCUUUGAAAAAUUCUGAAUCCUAAUUGAUAUAACCAUAAUAAUCUGAAAGUUUACAAGCUGACUAUGAGGAAUAGUUAAAGCAACUAAAAGAUCUUAUUCAGUAAAACGAAGAAAAAAACCAUCAAAAUUAGACUGCAUUAUAAGUAGCUUAAUUAGAAAUUCAAACUACUAGCUUAGAACUUGAAAAUAGCUAAAAGAAAAUCUCAUAACUAGAAUCUACAAUAGAGAAUAGUUAAGAGGAGAAAAAUUAAUUGGAGAAUACUAUAAAAGAGUUAUCUGAAAAAGACAAGCUUCUAUAGAUUUAAAUUGAGCAAUACGAAAAAGAAAAUUAGAAUUACACAUAAUAAAUACAAUAACUUUAAUCAACAUUAAAUUAACUUUAAAAUGAAUUUCAAUAAUUAACCUCUGAGCUCAAUGAAGAAUAAUUGAAAAAUCAAAAGAUAAUUGAAAUCAAUAAAGAAAAUGAGGUCAAGGUUCAGGCAAUUUAAUAAGAUUAUUAACAUAUAUCAUCAACCUUAGUUAAAUUAGAACAACAAUCAUCUGAAGAGAUAGAUGGAUUGAAUGAGCAAUUAUCAGAAAAGGAAAAGGAAAUCUUAAAUCUAAAACAAGAAAUUUAAGUAUUGUAGAAACAAGUGGAUGAACUGAACUUAAAUAAUGAUGAAAUUAAAAGAAACUAAGAAAUUAUAAGAGAAUAAGAAGUUAAAUUAAAGUAAGAGAAAGAAGAGUUAUAAUCCUUGUUAUAGAAAGAGGAAUAAGAGAACUAAAGUAAUGCAGAUAUGAUCGUUGAAUUGGAAAGUAAGUUUGAGAAGGCUGUAUAUUAGAGGAACGAGAUGGAGAAAGAGUAUUUACAAAUUAAAGAUAAGAUUUCUCAUUUAGAAUAAAACUACAUAUAGAAAAAUGAGUAAUAUAUUGCUUUGUAUGAAGAAUCUAAUAAUUUGAAUGAAUAAAUCAAAGGGAAAUAGCAUCAAAUCUAGAUUUUGUAAAAGUAGAAUGAAGAUUAAAAUGCAUUUAUAAAGUAAAUAGAAAUUGCAUUAACAGAGAUUUAUUCAAAUCUAUCUUAAGAAUCAAUUUAAAGCUUUGAUGCCAACUCGUUAGAUAAAAUAAAAUCUAAUAUUUUAAGUAAUAUCAACCAAAUUAGAGAGUCAUUUAAAAAAGAAAUUGAAAACUUAACUUCAUAGCUCAAGUAGUCGUAAAAGGCAGGCCAAGAGGCUAAACAAUAGUUAGGAGAUUAUUAGUAGAAACUAAUUUUAUGCGGUACAGAGUAUUCAAAGAAGGAAUAGUAGAUAAAUUAAGAAUUGUAGCAGACCUAGGUAAAGUUCAAUGAGCAAGUUGAAAAAGCUAAUCAAAUAUUCAAUCAAUUGUAAAAGGCUGAAUAAAAGAAGAAGGAUUUAGAAAAAUAGGUUUAAGAUUCAGACAAAAUCAGAAAAGAUUAAUUAGAAGAGAUAAAAUCAAAAUAGAGCGAUAUAGAGAAUUUGAAAAACUCAAUUAAUAAAAAACAAAAUGAAGUAAUUUUUAUUCGAAAUAUUAUAGAUUAAUACUUUAUAGACUUAAUUGUCUACUUAAUAAUAGGAUAUACAAAAAUUAAAUGAAUAAAAUAAAGUAAUUGUAAAUAAGAAUUGUGAAAUUCAAUAAUUAACAAAGAAAAUAUAGACAUAUGAGGAGACAAUAGAAACAUUGAAUUAGAGCAUUAUAAACUUUUAAUUUGUUAAUGAAACUGCUUAGUAAAAGUUUGAUAUCAAAGAGGAAGAAUAUGAAAAUAAAAUUAAGGAAUAUAAGGAAAAUAUCAAUUAAUUAAAUAAGCAAUUGGCAGAAAGACAUUUAGAUGAAGGAGUCUAGAUUUAAAUUUAAGAGUUAUCACAAAAGAUAAGAAAGAAAGAAGAAAUAAUAGUGUAAUUGUAGCAUGAGAAGGAAUAAAUUCUUGAGAAUUGUAAUAAGAAAUUUUAGAUGAUUUCUCAGAGUUAAUAAAAUUUAAUUGAUAAACGAAUAAUAAAAGAGGCAUUAUUGAAUUAUUUUGAUAACAGGGCACCUUAAAAGAUUAGACAAUCUAUCCUACAAUAAUUGUGUUGCAUUUUGACAAUGACAGAAUAAGAGGCAGCCAAAAUCGGUAUUAUUCUUAUUUAUUUUUAGGUAUUCAAAUUCAAAAGUUAAAUUAAUAGGAUAUUCAAUAAAAACAAGAGUAAUAGCAAUAAUCAUUAAAGGACAAUUUGUUAAGUUUUUUAUUAAAUGAUUGA